AAUGUAAAUCCGAGUUGAAGAUAAAGUAAAACCCCAACUAUUGUGUGGAACAACCAAAAGCAAAAAGAAUCACAUCUGAUGGGACGGACAGCUUCAAUUCAGGAUAUAUCAACGUCUAUGGAAAAUCUUGUUGCAAGUUGGCGCCGGUUAUGAGGAUCCUAUGCAGUAUAUGGAGAACAAGUUGCCGAUUGAAAACGAAAGAGAAGGAAGAAUGCAAAGGGAGGAACGUGAUAGUGACCUAUCCCUCCUCCCACUUUUAUUUUUUUUCUCUCUUUCUCUCUCUUUCUCUCUAUCUCUCUAUUUCUCUUUAUUUCUCUUUCUCUUUCUCUCUGUGGCGCCUCACAGAGAUAGUAGGUAUAUAGUAGUCAUGAGCUCGUUCGUUCUUCACGCUCGCUUCGUGGCCUUUUAGUCGAGUACUCGUCGGCGAGUUUCGUUCCACGAAGAGAUACGACAAAACCAAACGACAAUUUCUACUCCUCGUGUGCGUGUCUUUCUAUCUUUCUGUUUCUUUUUCUCUUUGUCUUUUUUUUUCUUUCUCUUUCUCUCAUUUUCAUCGUGACUCUCAUCGUGACUCUCGUGGCACGAACUCGAACGCGAGUCCACGAGAGUAGAAUGCAUCAAGUUGGAAUAAAACGUUUCAAGUUCCUCGAUUAUUCUUUGAUCGUUCUCUCAUUGUUAUUGUUCGUUUCUUUGAUCGGCUAUAGUACUGGAAUCGGCUGGAAAAGACGAGAGGACAAAACGAAAUGUCCAAGAGUCAAGGGAAUACGAAACUUUGACAUAUCAGAGUUUCUUGGAUCAUGGUACAUAGUACAAUAUUAUGCUAGUUCCGAGGAAGCUCUAAUUUAUAGAUGUAUGAGAGCCGAAUUGUCCGUUUCAUCGGAAAGUGCAGAGGUUACUAUGAAUUUCACGUACAGUUUUACUGAUGAUCCGAUCAAUGAACAACUCGUUGGUAAUAUCACAUGGAAAAUUCCUUCGCCGGAGCUUCCAGCACAUUGGGUUCAUGCGGAAUUUCCCUAUGAAGAAAUAUAUAACACAUAUAUAUUGGAUUCGGAUUACAAAACGUGGGCUUUACUGAUGCACUGCGCCGAAAAAAAUAAAAGUCCACGUUAUUUGUCUAGUUUUAUUAUGAGUAGACAACCUAGUUUAGGUGUUAAUGUUAUUUCUUAUCUUCGUGAAAAAUUACCAAAAUACGAUAUAGAUUUGGAGUAUAUGUUUCCUAUGGAACAAAAACAAUGCAAUCAAACGGAUGUACCGCCAUACAGUAUAUCUUUCGUUCCAAUAACGACGGACAAGAAAAUUAAUUCUAACAGAAGACAUUUAUUUAAACGAAAACACAGACGACUUUAAAAUACGAUUAAAUAAUUCAUUAUGUUCAUACGUACGUAUGUAUGUGUGUGUAUGUAGGUAUAUCUCGUAAUAUUUCAAUUACAACGAUGUCGAUACUUAAACUUAAUAUUAUUAAUUCAAUUAUUAUGUUAGAGCACACACAAUGCUCAUCAAUUCUUUUUUCUAUUUAUAAUUAUAUAAUAAUUUUAAUAAAACGUUAUUUUUUCUAGAUGCAACAUA